AUGGCUGGCCCGAUUCCCUUCACAUACGCGCAAGUGGAAGAAAUGACGAGAAAUUUCGAUAUCGAGGGAUUUCUCGGCGAGGGUGGGUUCGGAUCGGUUUUCAAAGGUUACCUUCCCACACGGAGCGGCCGGCGAAUCCCGGUCGCCGUAAAAGUGCUUGACACGUGCGGGCAUCAGGGGGAGCGGGAGUGGUUGACGGAGGUUAGCUUUCUCGGGCUCCUGGAACACCCUAAUCUGGUUUGUCUGAUUGGAUAUUGCGCCGAGGAGGAUCAACGGCUGCUAGUGUACGAGUUCCUUCCACGCGGUUCGCUCGAGUUUUUGCUUUUCGGGGAGGAUGCGCUGGCAAAUCCACUGACGUGGCACCAACGGUUGAAGAUCGCGUACGGCGCGGCAGCAGGAUUGGCGUAUCUGCAUGAGGAGGCGGAGCAUCAAGUCAUCUAUCGCGAUUUCAAGACGUCAAAUAUUCUAUUAACGAAUGAUCUCGAAGUGAAGUUAUCGGAUUUUGGAAUGGCGAGGGAAGGGCCUGACGGGGAGAAGACUCACGUAUCGACACGAGUGGUGGGGACUGGGCUGAUGACGGGAAGGCUGGCGCUGGACAAAGAAAGACCACGCGAGGAGCAGAGCCUGGUCGAGUGGGCCUCCCCCUUCCUCUCCGCACCAUCCACGCUGUACCGCAUAAUGGACCCAGUACUCCGCGGUCGGUACUCCGCUCGAGGCGCACAAAUGGUCGCGGCGAUCGUCAAAGAGUGCCUGCAGAAGAAAGCCAAGCGCCGCCCGAAAAUGUCCGAGGUGGUUGCUGCGCUGCGCCCAGUAGCCCGUGGCGUGCGGGAAGGCCAAGGAGUUUGCCAGGUGUUUGAUGUAGCAACACCAAGGGGAACCUUUCCCACUGGUUAG